CAUUACUUUCCUAUGUAUUACAUAUAUAGCUUCAAUGCUUAUCGACACCAACUCCUCCAUAUACUACGACUACGGCCCGCCAUGAUAAACGCAGUUCUAGUCUUUAACGGCCAGGGCCAACCCAGGCUGACCAAGUUCUAUACUCAGCUAGAAACUAGCAUCCAGCAGCGCCUCAUCUCCGAGAUCUUCACUCUGGUUUCGAACCGCCCCGACGGAGCAUGCAAUUUCCUCCCUCUGCCCCCUCUGCUCGCCGCAUCCGGCACCUCGCAAUCUGCUUCCGAGCCUCACAACGACGUCCCCUCGCUCGUGACCUACCGCCACUAUGCCACCCUCUACUUCAUCAUCAUAUCCACGUCGACCGAGUCCCCGCUAGCCCUGCUCGACCUGAUCCAGGUGUACGUCGAGUCGCUGGACAAGCUGUUCGAGAACGUCUGCGAGCUCGAUCUGAUCUUCAACUUCGAGACCCUCCACGCGGCCCUGAGCGAGAUGAUCGUAGGCGGCGUCGUCAUCGAGACGAACUUGGACCGCAUAGUGGCCGGCGUGCGAGCACAAGGCACCAUCGCAAAGCGACCGGUCAACGAGUCUAGAGGCACGGGACUGGGCGCCGGGCUGGGCGUGGGAGGACAUUUCGUAUGGCCCGGCAGGUGAUUCCCGUACAAUACGUAUGCAUAGACACGGUGUCUGGAGUUUUGCAGGUUUACGGAUUGGGACAAGCAUUUUAUCAGAGAAGC